GCAGGCGGACUUUGUCAUUCCAAUGAAGGCUGCCAUGGACAAACAUGUCACCCACAUUUCCAGAGACGACCUCGAAGAGCUCCGAGAGGCGUUCAAUAAAAUCGACAUCGACAAGAGUGGCUACGUCAGCGACUUUGAGCUCCAGGAGCUUUUCCGAGAGGCCAGCUUCUCCCUGCCGGGGUAUAAAGUGCGGGAGAUCGUGGAGACCUUCAUGGCCGGCGACACCAACAAGGACGAGAAGAUCAGCUUUGAAGAGUUUGUCUCUAUCUACCAGGACCUGAAGAGCAAGAGGCUCAGUGAGAGUUUCCGCAAGGCCGUCACCAGGAGAGAUGGCAUUCGUUCUUUUGGAGGGAUGUCAGGGAUCUCCAGCGUGGGAACCCAGCAUUCUUACUCAGAUGAGGAGAAGGUGGCGUUUGUCAAUUGGAUCAAUAAAGCGUUGGCCAAAGAUCCUGACUGCCGCCAUCUGUUGCCCAUGAACCCUGAUGAUGAAAGCCUCUUCACCUCCGUCCGUGAUGGCAUCCUGCUGUGCAAAAUGAUCAACCUGUCUCAGCCUGACACCAUCGACGAGAGAGUCAUCAACACCAAGAAGCUCACCACCUUCACCAUGACUGAAAAUCUGGUGCUUGCACUGAACUCUGCCUCAGCUAUCGGCUGCACGGUGGUGAACAUUGACGCCCUUGAUCUCAUGGUCGGGAAACCCCACCUGGUUCUUGGAUUGUUCUGGCAAGUCAUCAAAGUCGGACUCUUUGCUGACAUCCAACUCAGCAAGAACGAAGGCAUGAUAGUCCUGCUGACAGAAGGAGAAAGUCUGGACCACCUCAUGUCUCUCUCUCCUGAAGACCUGCUGCUGCGCUGGGUCAACUAUCACCUGCACAACGCUGGCACCAAACCCAUCAAAAACUUUAGUGAAGAUAUCAAGGACUCCAGGGCUUACUUCCACCUGCUGGACCAGAUCUCCCCUCGUGGAGAACACGACUACAUGAGCAUCAACAUCGAUAUGAGCGGCCUGAAUGAGCGGGAUUUGAACCAGCGGGCCGAGCUGAUGCUGCGCCAGGCGGCUCGCCUGGACUGCCGGCAGUUUGUGAGCCCUCAAGACGUCACGUCUGGCAACAACAAACUCAACCUGGCCUUUGUGGCCCACCUGUUCAACUCCCAUCCUGCUCUGCACCAGGUGCAGCUCAACGGCACUGAGGCAGCAGAUCUGGAACCGGAGAGCAGAGAAGAGAAGACUUUCCGUAACUGGAUGAACUCUCUGGGUGUGAAUCCAUACGUCAACCACAUGUACCACGACCUGUGUGACGGCCUGGUCAUCCUGCAGCUCUACGAGAAGGUCAAGAUCCCCGUCGACUGGAAGAAGGUCAACCGGCCGCCCUACCCUGUCCUGGGUGCCAACAUGAAGAAGCUGGAGAACUGCAACUACGCCGUCGGUCUGGCUCGCAACGUGGCUCGCUUCUCCCUGGUGGGCGUCGGCGGGGAGAACUUGAACGAGGGGAGUCCCAUGCACACCUUGGCACUGGUCUGGCAGCUCAUGAGGAGGUACACAAUGCUGGUGCUGUCACACCUGGGGGAUGGAGAGAAGGUCGGAGAGCAGAUCAUCCUCAACUGGGUCAACAGCACCCUGACUAAAGCACGCAAGGACACACACGUCAGCAGCUUCAAGGACCUGGACAUCAGCACCAGCCUGCCGGUGUUGGAUCUGAUGGACGCCAUGGUACCCGGUACCGUCAGGUGGGACAUGGUGAAGAGACCGGAGCGAGGCGUGCUGAAGACUGCAGACAAAGUCAACAAUGCCAAAUACGCGAUCUCAUUGGCUCGCAAGAUGGGAGUUCGCGUCUACGCGCUUCCCGACGACUUGGUGGAGGUCAACCCCAAGAUGGUGCUGACGUUGUUCGCCUGCCUCAUGGGCCAUGGCUUAAAGAAGGCCCACCACUAAAAAGAAACUAACAAAAAAAACACAUCUCCAUUUGUCGCUUCUUUCAUUUUCUAUGAUAGUCGCUUGAAAAACAUCAUUUUGACAAUCAUGUAACAAUCCUGUGAUUUUAUCACUGCUUGGUGUUUCUCUCACUUUGAUUUCAUUGUCACCAGUGGACAAGACAAACGCAGACUUCUAAACUUUUGCAGAACUGUAAAUCCUUCAUUUG